AUGGACAUCCCCUCCCCACUCCAGCCUGCCAACCUGGGUGGGGGGCUCUGCCAGUGGGGAGACGGGCGGCCCGUGGGGAGCAGAGGGCUGUGGGUGGACCCUCUGGCCAGGGGCGGCCCGGACUGGCGAGUGCCUGGCCUCCAGGGAGACCCCCCCAAGCCUCGCCCACCCCCCUCGGCCAGGAGCCCGGCAGCCCCUGGCCACCCCGGCGGGGACCAGGGUCACCGGGCUUGGCCCGAUCCUCGCCCGCCCCUGUGCCAACCACUGUGGGUGGCCUCCCACGUUUUUGCCCAAACCGGCUGGCCGCACCCCACAAGGGUGACCCUCCCCCUGCCCCUUUGUGGGGAUGGUAGAGAAGCAGGAGUCCCUUCUGGCGCCAUCGGGCCUAUGGAAUUUGUCUUCCAACCGAGGGUGCGGAGGCAGGGGACCCCCGCCUUUGACCCUAAGGGGAGGGCAGGGUCACGGUGUAAUGUAUUGAAACCGUGUCUGUCUGUACCCCAAAAAGCCAAACUUACGUCUCAGACCCUCCCUGCCCGCCGUGAACCAAUAUGGGCGGGUCCCGAAUACCCUGUCCUGAUUGGUCCGUCCGGGGCCCCGCCCCGAGGUGGGCGGGCCCUCUCUGAUUGGAGGGCUGGAAGUCGCGGCGGCCAGUACAGUGUCCGGCAGCCUCCCUCAGACUUCGCCACCAGGGGGCGCCGCAUCCUCCUGACUGGCCGAAUCUCCUCUCUGCCACCAGGGGGCGCCGCACCCUCGGGGCGCCGCACCCUCCUGACCGGCCGAAUCUCCUUUCUGCCACCAGGGGGCGCCGCACCCCUGGGGCGCCGCACCCUCCUGACCGGCAGAACCUCCUUUCUGCCACCAGGGGGGCGCUGCACCCAACGGCCCCCUCCGUAUCCCUCCCCCACCAUCAGGGGGCGCCAUUCCCCUCCAGUCGAGGGGCGCUACGGCUGCCGGGGCGCUAAAGCCUCCGUCCUCACCCUCCGGGCCGGCGAUGCCCCUCCUCUGCCACCAGAGGGCGCCAGUCCCUACGAGCCGAGGGGCGCUACGGCUGCCGUGCCGGCGGCAUCCCUCCUCCGCCACCAGGGGGCGCCGCGCCCCACUUGCCUAGGGGACCCUCUGGAACGAGGGCGCCGCUCCCUACGAGCCGAGGGGCGCUACGGCUUCCGUGCCUGCGACAUCCCUCCUCCCCCACCAGGGGGCGCCACGCCCCACUUGCCUAGGGGACCCUCUGGAACGGCAGUGUCCCUCCACCACCAGGGAGGGCACCGCUCCCUACGAGCCGAGGGGCGCUACGGCUUCCGUGCCUGCGACAUCCCUCUUCCCCCACCAGGGGGCGCCACGCCCCACUUGCCUAGGGGACCCCCUGGAACGGCGGUGUCCCUCCGCCACCAGGGGGCACUAAGGCUUCCGUCCUCACCCUUCGGGCCGGCGAUGUCUCUCCUCCGCCACCAGAGGGCGCCGCUCCCUACCAGCCGAGGGGCGCUACGGCUUCCGUGCCGGCGACAUCCCUCCUCCCCACCAGGGGGCGCCGCGCCCCACCUUCUAGGGGGCCCUCUGGACCUGCGGCGUUCGUCCGCCACCAGGGUGCGCUACGGCCUCCGUCCUCACCCUUCGGGCCGACAACAUCCCUCCUCCGCCACCAGGGGGCGCCGCUCCCUACUAGCCGAGGGGCGCUACCUACAGCCUCCACCCGCGCCCUCCCUGCCGGGGGCCCUCUGGGCCGGUGGUGUCCCUCCGCCACCAGGGGACGCCACCUACAGCUCCGCCCGCUUCCUCCCUGCCGGCGACAUCCCUCCUCGGCCACCAGAGGGCGCCGCACCCCACCGUCCUAGGGGGCCCUCUGGGCCGGGAGCCCUCCGGACCGGCGGCGUCCCCCCGCCACCAGGGGGCGCUACGGCCUCCAUCCUCACCCCCCGGGCCGGCGACAUCCCCCCUCUGCCACCAGGGGGAGCCACCUACAGCUUCCGCCCGCGUCCUCUGUGCAGGAGACAUCCCUCCUCCGCCACCAGGGGGCGCCGCUCCCUGCUAGCCAAGGGGCACUACCUACAGCCUCUGCCCACACCCUCCUCCGCCACCAGGGGGCGCCGCGCCCCACCUGCCUAG